UGCAGUAAAGGAAAAACUCACCAGUUCCAAGAAUUUCAUCAUAAUCAGUGAAAAAGUGAAUAGGAAAGAGAGAGGAAAAAGUCAUCUCUUCUCUGGUGUGUUACGUGAUAUCAAUUUUCUUCCUCGGAGCAGAAGACCGCAAAGAUUGUAAAGUUGGGAAUUGAAGAACAUAAGUUAGCCUAAAGCAAGGACAGGAAGAAAGAAAGUGAUUUAGAGUUUCUCUAAAUAGAGAAGAGAGAAGAAGAAAAAAAACCCCGUCGACCAUGUUUUCCGGAUUAACCAACCAGGUCAGCUCGUGGAUCGGAGCGGCCAAGGGCGAGCCACAGGACGAGGAGGUGCCAACUCCGCCAAACUCGGCCGCGACGGCCACAGUGGCUCCGCCCGUAGCCGCCACAACCGUGGACACAUCAGCGGCCUCGGCCGCGGCCGCCGCACCCACGGGAGAUGAAGGUGACAAAAGCCCGACAAAAGGUGGCGUCUUCUCAGGCGUAUCGUCCAAGGUGACAGGCUGGCUCGGAAAUGCAUCCAUCCCGUCGAUGCCUGCGAUGCCCUCGAUGCCAACGGUUUCAAUGCCAGCGAUGCCUGCGAUGCCUUCGAUACCAUCGAUACCUGGCCUGCGAAAAGGAGGCCAAACGGACGAAAACGGCGGCGUCACGAACGAGGGCUUAGUCACAUCGCCGGAAAAGACGAAUCAAGGUAUCGCCGGAGCGACGGAUGCAGCCGACGAGGAAGACCGGUCCAGGUAUAUUAGACAACAGGAAAGUGCCACGGGCGGAGCAGAUUCCCCGUCCGCCACCGGUCCCGGCACACCGACCGACGAGAACGCCGGCCAGAUUGGACAAGUCACCCACAAAGUCACAGCUGGAGCCAAAUCGUUCGGAUCGUUCCUGUACUCGUCGUUCAAUAAGGCUGGCGAUAAAAUCAAACACCUGAAGGACAACACGAUUCUGGGUGAGUUCAACAAGGAACAGGAAGCGUUCAUUAAGAACCAACAGGGUGCUGGCGGUCCCGGGGCUUGCCCGUGGUCAGGCCACGCAAAUGAAGCCAAGAUAAAGGAGGAAAUCAUGAGUCUGUCAGCGGACCGUCGGAACUUUGUCCGGGCACCACCGGCCGGAGUUGAGUUUGAAUUUGAUUACGAUGCAUCUUAUCCGACUGCGUUAGCCAUCAUGAACGAGGACAAAGAGCUGGAGAAAAUGCGAUUUGAGCUGGUACCUAAGAUCAUCACGGAGGAAAGCUUCUGGCGUAACUACUUCUACCGCGUCUCACUGAUAUGCCAAGCCGGAGACCUGGGAACGCUGGGCGACACCAACGAGUUCGUCAGACGGGGCGCCAGCGAAGACACGGAGGAACCACCAAUAAAUCGCGAGAAAGGCAUCCCAGCCAAAUCUACCCCGGCGGGCACGGCCGCGGAAAGCGCCGCCAAAUCGGUGACCAAAACUUCCCAAAAACCCAGCGAGGUCGAGUUCGUAUCGGACUCGUUCAAGGCCACCGAGGAGGACCUGGAGGAGGUGCGAGCCGACAUGAAAAAGCUGGGCAUCGACACGCUGGUCCAGCAGGCCAGCGAAGGCAUCGGCGGUGCCGCGCCGGCCGGAAAGAGUGAUGAGCAAUGGGAAAAGGAUCUGGAGGCGGAGCUGCAGGACUUUGAGGUGGUCGCCGACGGUGCGGAACGCUCCACGACCAACUGGGAAAAGGACGUCGACGAGCUGCUCGAGGACGACGACGAGACGGACCUGAAAUAAAACGAGUGCUUCAAUCAGUUGCUUUGUAACGUGAUGAGCUGCACUGUAAAUAAGUAAGGGGGAGGGAGUGCGGUACGCGCGGCAUGUGGAUGGAGUUUGGUUAAUGUAUCUUUUGCGUGACGAUCAUAUUGGUAGGAGUUUUUGGUUUUAAAAAUGUCAAAAUAUUUAAAUUGUUGUGAUUAUUUUAAGUAAAUCAAACCAUUCAGUGGCAAGAAAACCAGUGCCAUCUAUCUUUUCGAACAAACUUCAAUGAAAUUGUUUGAUAUCUUGCAUGCAACAUUGCAUGAAAUGGCAGAAUUUGACGAUAGAGUGCACUGCUGUGCAUCGAGAGGCUGCCGGUAUAAAAAUGUAGAUGGUGUCACGUUCAUAAUGAUUUUCAACUUUGAAACUGUUCUUUGAGUAAUCCUUUGUAUGGAAUGAAACUAAAGAUUACGGAUCAUCAAGCUACAAAGUAAUUGAAUUCAGGCUCUUAUACAGAGUCAUAAAUAAUCGUUAUUUGCAAUUUGCAUGCCCAUUUGGCAAAUACACUAAUCUACUCACGCACCUUAGCGGUAGAGCACUGCAGUGGUCCUUCUCCCGUUCUUCGUUCGUAGGAGCAACUUUACAGAUGAAUAUUUUUUUGUUUGAAACUUGGAAAAUAUUACCUCCACUGGAAUAUCUUUGGAACCAUGAAGUGACAGAGGAAACUACAACAUUUCAUUCCUUUUACAAUCUCACCCCGAAAUACUCUCCAACUUAUUUGAUAUGGAGAAGUUUGCAACAACACACAAAUAGCGGAUGAAAGGAUAGUUAAAUUUACCUAGUCUAGCACUAUUUCAUGUAAGCAGAGGUAAAACGUGAACCACAGACAAACAUACGUAAAUUGAUUAAUAUUUUCAUCAAAAAUCUAUCAGUCACUUCUGGCUAAAGUCCUCUAGCUGUGAACGCACCAAAAAAGUAUGAUAGUUUGACAGGGUGAGUGCAUAACUGUCAAACGCGUUCAAAUGAACUGUGGUGAAUUUAAGUUUGCCGUGGUGAGUUUCACAACAUUUGAAUCGACCGUUAAAUUGCUGAUUGAUGGAUUUAAAAAGAAAUUUACGUCUGUUUAUCUGUGCUUAAACUAACCAAUAAUGGACUUUUGCCGCGAUUCGUACUCACAUCGUAAAAAGAGAUUAGUUAAAGCAUCGAAUCGACUGUUUUGAUUUGUUCACAUUUUCCGAAUCAGUCCGCGAUCGCACGCCCAGUGAGCGAGCAUAUCCAAUUUAGUCACGCGUCCAGUCCGUUUUUACUCAACCCACGUGCGUGGUCGUCACGAACUGGGUUUUUUUCGCAUUCCACAUUCGAACACUUGAUCGGAGCCAUUAUUCAUUGUUACAACUCUUCCAAAAAUAUAUUCCUCAGAUUAGUAAGAUACACUCACACAGUUUAACAACAACAAAAAGAAAGAGAGCAAAAUAACGUUUAAUAAUGGGCAAAUUAAAGAAUACACAUAAAACAUUGCAAAACGCACCCACAAACACACAAAAAAACAACUGAAAACACCGAUAUCAAACAGAACGAAAAAAAAAAACAAACUUAAAGAUUAAAACAUUACACCGCACACACUCAAAAACACUAACUUAGAGGCAAAACUAACAGAACAAGUCGACUCGUUUCCCACAGACAGAAAUGUUCAGUUGAAACUCGCGCGCUGUAAAAAAUAAAAACGGUUGUUUAGCUGCUACUCGUUAGUAGAAAGAAGAAAAAAACAGUUUCAUUUAUUUUAGCGUUCGUUGAAAUGUAGUCCAAAGGAAAAAUGAGUUGGCAAAGUGUUAACCGAUAGCGUUUGUUGUGGAAAACAUGGCCACUCGCGACGUCGAGAUCGAUCGAGAACGUUGUUUCUGUUCAACCGCAUUUCCGUUCAAUUCUGCGUUGAUUUCCACCCCCUUUACUCUACUCGAAAAAAUAUCUGACAAAGAAAACAAAAAAAAGAUACAAUGAUACAUUCUAUUCUGUAUUUAAUUCAUAACUGAAAAUAAGAUUGUUUAAUAAAUUCAAACAAAUAUAUACAUAUUACGAUAUACUACCGAAUAUUAAGCAUUAAUAUGUGUAAGAAAUCAGUAAUAAACAGUGAAUAAAUAAAAACAGAGGGAUAUUGUGAACAUUA